UUGGCAAAUGACGUAACCAUAAACCUGACUUAAAUAAGAGCGUAGAAGUUUGUGCAGAGUAUAAGCUUUUGCAAAGAUGUCGYUCCAAGACGCAGCUCUGAUAUUUUUAUCAACGCAUUGGUUUUCUAUCUCUCUAACCAUUUUCAUAUUGAUCCUAGUCUACCGAUUGGGAAUCGCUCCUUUCCGACGCUCUGCGAUUAUUGCUGCUGUUGGWGACCUUCCAGGACCGACACCAUUACCUUUCGUGGGUAACUUUUUGGAUUUUCUGAGGCACAGAGGACAGUUUCAUCUGUUGUUAGAAGAGUAUUAUAAGAAAUAUGGUGAAUAUAUUACAAUUGCCCAAGCCAUUUGAUAGCAUGAUGACWAGUGCUGUUGGAGAAACAUGGCAUCGCAUCCGUACCACACUCUCCCCAACAUUCAGUGCUCAUAAAAUGAAACUGAUGAUUCCUUUGAUAAACAAGUCAUGUGACCUACUGGAGAAGAAGCUGGAUCAAGUUGCAGAGACUGGGGAGACUAUAUAUAUUUUUAGGUAUCAUCAAGSUCUUACAAUGGAGGGAAUCUUGUCAACAUUCUUUGGCAUUGAGUCCAAUGCUCAGAAUGAUUACAACGAUCCUGCAUUCAAGGCAGCACGAGAAAGCUUCCGAAGAGGAGCUUGGCAAAGAAUUCUUCUUUUUUUCUUGCUUCUUAUGCCUGGUGGUUCAUACAUUCUGAACCUGUUUCCAUCCCUUGUCAUUGGUCAAUUUAUGGGAAUUUUUUCCUUGACAAACAAGAUUAUUGAGGCAAGAAAAAGGAGUGGUCAAAAAAACAGCAAGGACUUCCUUGACUUGAUGUUGACAAACGCGACAAACGAGAGCCUGCCAGAAAACAAGAGAUUGACCGAAGAUGAGGUAAUCGCUCAAAGCAUKGUGUUUCUGUUUGCGGGGUAUGAAACGACCAGUAACGCUCUGGCCAUGGUUUGUCAUAAUCUCAUCGCUAACCCUGAUGUCCAGGAAAAGUUACAGGAGGAAAUCGAUGACGUGUGGAUUGACAAAGAUCAGCCACCAUCAUACGAAGUCGUUCAGUCAUUACCUUACCUUGAUAUGGURAUCUCGGAAACACUUCGUAUCUACCCACCAGCGGUUGUUACUAGCAGAGAAUGUAACAAAGACUGCGUGGUGAAAGGACUUCUCAUCAAGAAAGGUACCGCAGUUCUAACCCUAAUCUACAGUAUUCAUCAUGACCCUCAAUAUUAUCCUGACCCCGAGAAGUUUGACCCAGAACGCUUCAGUGCCGAGGCCAAGGCGUCACGUGAUCCCUACACCUACCUUCCCUUUGGUCAAGGUCCACGUAAUUGUAUUGGGAUGAGAUUCGCUCAGAUGGAGAUGAAGCUCGCUUUGGUUCGCAUCCUGAAGAGGUUCACUCUUGUGGUUGCACCAGAAACGAAGAUCCCUCCCGUGAUGAAGGUACAGACCCUCUUGGGAUGUGCAGAUGGAAUACAUCUUCGAGUUGAGCGUCGAUAAUAAGUUUUAAAUUCGAAUUUUUUUACAAUUUUAACUCMCUGCAUAAAAAUAGUCUAAAAUUUCCUAGAAAAUGUCAGUCUGCAUUUCGCUUUGAACGCAAUUACGGCGCCGCAAUACUAAGCACUAAACACUUUGCAAACUUUGGUCCUUCAUAGCAUCUAGAUAAUUGAAGUGGUUAUCGUAUGAGUGGGAAACAUACACUGACUUACAACACGUACACGGUUACGGUACGACAUGCCCCAACAUUGAAAUGGCUUCCUAUUGGCUUCCAGUAGUUCAUUCAAUUACGACGUGUAGUUAUCGCUAGGGUAAGAUACGGUAAGGCUACAAUACACACGCAUGUUAGUUUCGAAACUCAGACUUUUUAUCUCUCUAUAAUUAAACUUUUGUCCGCAAAGAAYAAACUGCUGGUUUUUGUAUAAUUAAAAAGAGAAGAGAAGAAAAUAAAACUUAAAUUUUAUGUGGU